GCAACGAAUGACGUCACGCUAGCCGAAAAUGGCGGACACGGAGUUGAAUGUUGACAGCAUCAUCUCCCGACUUUUGGAAGUGAGGGGAUGUAGGCCCGGUAAGAUAGUUCAGAUGACAGAUGCUGAAGUGAGAGGCCUGUGUCUGAAGUCCCGAGAAAUCUUUCUAAGUCAACCCAUUCUCCUGGAGCUGGAAGCUCCCCUCAAAAUCUGUGGUGAUAUUCAUGGACAGUACACGGAUCUCCUUCGACUAUUUGAGUACGGAGGGUUUCCCCCGGAGUCCAACUACCUGUUCCUCGGGGACUAUGUGGACCGGGGGAAGCAGUCCCUGGAAACCAUUUGUCUGCUUCUAGCCUACAAGAUCAAAUACCCGGAAAAUUUCUUCCUUUUGCGAGGCAACCAUGAAAAUGCCAGUAUAAACAGAAUAUACGGCUUUUAUGAUGAAUGUAAAAGAAGAUUUAAUGUGAAGUUGUGGAAAACUUUUACAGACUGUUUUAAUUGUUUACCCAUUGCAGCUAUCAUAGAUGAAAAAAUAUUUUGUUGUCAUGGAGGUUUGUCUCCAGACCUCCAGUCCAUGGAACAGAUCAGAAGGAUUAUGAGACCCACAGAUGUCCCAGACACAGGUCUACUGUGUGAUCUUCUGUGGUCUGACCCAGACAAAGAGGUGCAGGGGUGGGGAGAAAAUGACCGGGGGGUGUCCUUCACGUUUGGUGCAGAUGUUGUUAGCAAAUUCUUAAAUCGUCACGAUCUAGAUCUAAUAUGUAGAGCUCAUCAGGUUGUAGAAGAUGGCUACGAAUUCUUUGCCAAGAGACAGUUAGUCACAUUAUUUUCAGCUCCAAAUUACUGUGGGGAAUUUGAUAAUGCAGGAGGAAUGAUGUCAGUAGAUGAAACACUCAUGUGCUCAUUUCAGAUUUUAAAGCCUUCGGAAAAGAAAGCCAAGUACCAGUACGGAGGGCUAAACUCAGGGCGACCAGUGACGCCCCCUAGGGGCCCCCAGCAACCACAGAAAAAAUGAAAAAAGAGAAAACAAUGAAACAAAAUUUAAAUCACCACAAGAGUAAAAAAAAAAACCAAAAAAAAAAACUCCAGGGGUAACAUUUAACAAGGAAUCAAUUAAUUGAACAUAUCACAAGUUGUCCAGUAUAUAGGUGUGUGCUGGAAUUAGACAGAGUAUAAACUGCUCGUUAGAUAUAUAUAGAUAUUCAGACAUUGAUGACCCGUAGAAUGCUGGGCUAUGUUCCUGAGCCCCCAGGAUAAACCCCCAGGAUGCAAUGGAGGGAAAUCCUGUCACUUGGAAACCCAUUCCAUGGAGAAACCACCAUUAACCAUAGUUUUAAUUUGUUUAUUUUUAUUUUUAAUGUUGACAUUUAGGUAUUGGUUUUAACUAUGUAGAAAUGAAACGCCCACUCAGAGGAUUUUUGAACUGUUGCUUCAUGUACUGAUCAUCGACCACAAUAAGACACGUCUCUUGUUAAGAGUUCUGAACUUUGAAACAAGCUGAACUGUGAUAACAUGUUUUAUAUCAGCAAAAGGAAUCUGUUACCUGGACCUUUUUGUGUGACCCUCAUUUGAAUUUAAAUGAUAAAUAAGACGUCUGAUGUAAAUUAUUUUGUAAAGUCCCUGGCAAUAGGUGCAGCCUUAAUGUAAAGCACGAGGAAGGGAUUGUGAAUGGCACAGACCUUGUUGGUUCAGUCAGCCUUGUAUUUAUUAUUAUUAUCUGCCUUUUGUUUGUAUCUGAACAUUUCUGUUUGGUGUAUGUUCUCUUUUCUGCAGUAUGUCCCCUGCUGUAAUAUUUUUGGGCUUGACAAUGCAAUGAAAGAUCAAUCCAGAUCUGUCCACACGUCCUUAUUGUUAUUCAAUUACAAACAAUACAUGUCUACUGUACAAAUUAAGCCUGAUUUGUGUCAUAUUGAAGAGAAACCUAUUGUAUUUGAUUGUAAUAUAAGCUGUAUGAUAUAGAACCGUUUUAUUAAUCCCUUCAGAAGUUCAGGUUGUACGGCUCAGUUAUGUGAUGCGAUCACAAUACUUACAUCAGCACACCUGUGUCGUCACCAUGUUUCUCUAUGUUGGGUACUGUGUUGUUCUCUCUGUGUUCAUUCUCUGUUCAUUCUGUGUGUGCUCCUCUGUAUACUGAAGGUCUAUGCAACCCUCUGCUGCAAUAAGCAACUAACAGUUGGCAAACCUUGUAUCUGAUAAAGGACUGAGAUAUUAUAAUGAGUAAUAACUGUGUCUUGUCACAUUUCUAUGUCGGUAUGAAUUUGAUUGAUGUAAGUAUAGAAUCAUGACCUUCUGUGUGUUUUGGUAUAAAAUAAAGAGAUCUGCUGUUGACUAGGAUAGCCAAAUAUUUAUACAUAUAUCUGGUUUGUUGUUUUUAAGACAUGUCACCAUAAACUUCAACAUUAUUGCAUAUUAAACUAUUUCUGUAAUUUGA